AUGCGAAGAGUGGCAGAAUAUCACAAAAAAAAAAUUUUUUUUUUUGGUAUCACCCAAACACAAAACCAAGCAAGGUUAAGGACAUUCAUGUGUAGUAACAAAACGUAGAAAAUGGGAGGGACGACGAUUUACACUUUUUCAGGAUAAUUAAAACAAUAUCUCUGAAAGGGGAAUUGGGGGCGGGGAUAGGAUGGAAAGGAUUUCCUGAGAAAAUGCCAAGGGUUCUGGUACAAUUCUACUUCACAAAUUAGAUCAUAUGUUCAUCAUGUUUCGUAACGUAUAUACUCUGUAACUUUCAAAUAUAAAAAUUUAAAAACUUAAGUGGAAAAAAAUGAAACCUAGACAGGAAUAUACCUCAGGAGCGCCGGCCUGCGUAGGCCACGGCCCGCCGAAAGGCGCUCUGGGUCAGCGGUCUCGUGGUCAGUAGCCCGUGGGGGCGGAACCUGUGGCCUUCUAUACGCAUGCGCGCAGCCACCAGCCAAUCAGCGACGCCCUCAGGCGAGACGACUCUGGCUUUUCUCCCGCGUGAAUUCUGAGUUGUUUCAGAGGAGAGUCGCGCUAGCCAGGCGUACGUCUCAGUCAGAAAACAUCUAAAUAUGGUGCCCUCUGGAAGAAAACAUACAGGGAAAUCUGGGAAGACGUCAAUGGAGGAUCAGGUUACAAGAGCCUAUGACUUUGAGAAAGAAGAUAAAAAAGAUCUGAGUGGUUCAGAGGAGGAUGUUACUGAAGGGAAGACUCCAGUAAUUGAUAAGCAUGGGAAGAAAAGGACUUCUGCAGCAGUAUUUGAAGAUGUGGGGGGUGAAGUACAAAAUAUGCUGGAAAGAUUUGGAGCUGACAUUAACAAGGCUCUUCUUGCCAAGAGAAAAAGACUAGAAUUGUAUACAAAGGCUUCUCUCAAAACUAGUAAUCAGAAAAUUGAACAUGUUUGGAAAACCCAACAAGAGCAAAGGCAGAAGCUUAACCAAGAAUAUUCUCAGCAGUUUCUGACUUUGUUUCAGCAGUGGGAUAUAGAUGUGCAGAAAGCUGAGGAACAAGAAGAAAAACUAGCUAACAUGUUUCGACAGCAACAAAAGGUUUUUCAACAAUCUAGAAUUGUUCAGAGCCAGAGACUGAAAACAAUUAGACAGUUAUAUGAGCAGUUCAUAAAGAGUAUGGAGGACUUGGAGAAAAAUCAUGAUAAUCUACUUACUGGUGCACAAAAUGAACUUAGAAAAGAAAUGGCUAUGUUGCAAAAAAAAAUUAUGAUGGAAACUGUAAGUAAUUUUAAAUUGAAAAAAAUGAGUAAUGCAAGCAUUGAAAUAUUUUAUUUGCUGAAAUAUGUAUAACACUUAUCUAAAAAUUAAACAAAUGUUUAAUAUUUCCUUUCAUGUAACAGCAGCAGCAAGAGAUGGCAAGUGUUCGAAAGUCUCUUCAAUCCAUGUUAUUCUGAUGACUCUUUGAAGGA